UUCGAUGAUAAUCACUUUUACUUAUGUACAAUUUUGAUUCAAAUUAAUAUAUAAAUUCCAUUUAAACUACACAUUUAAUAACAUGUCUAAAGAACUUGUUGUUCUAACUCCAAAUGGCAGAAGACAGAAAGUUCACUGUACUCCAAAUACAAGCUUUUUGCAGGUUUUAGAAGAUGUUUGUGAGAAGCAAGGCUUUCAGCCCGAUGAGUACGGUUUGAAACACUACAAUCAGGUUAUAGACUUGACGAGUACGAUUCGUUGGUCCAAUAUACCAAACAAAGCUACGUUAGAGAUGGUAGAAGCUGAACGAUCGCGCCACGAAACAAAUGUUACUAUUGGAUUACAAUUUGCAGAUGGUGAAAGAAGAACAGCAGAUUUUGCACCCAACACAUCACUGUUUGAUCUCCUUAAUUCAAUGGCACCAGAAGAGUUCAAGGCAUUAACACAUCCAACUAUUCUCUACAUGCGACAUGAAAUUACUGGGGUAUCUGCACUCAAAGAAAAGACACUGCGUCAGCUGGGGCUCAUAGGAGGGAGAGCUAUUCUGAGGCUGUUGAACAAAGCUGAGAACGCUACGCAAGCAAAUGUCUCAACUGUUUACCGGAGACCAUUUCCACCUAAAGAGGAGAAAGCUAACCAAGAAAGGAAGAAAUCUAUUCCAGUAGACGAGAAUACUCCCGGACCAUCUAAUACACAUCCCUCCAACAUCCAGAAAACUGCCUAUACAAAGAGCACUAACCCAAUUGAUUUAAUUAAAAAAGAGAAGGUAGAAAAACAAAAGGUAGAAACUAAAGUAGACCCUGAGACAGUUGAAGCCGAGCCUCCUUCAAAAGAUAUUGAGCCAAUGGAAGUGGAAGAAAUUGCAACUAAUACCAACAGUUCUACAUCUAUGUCCUCACAAGAAAACUUAGAAAGAAGACUGAUGAUAGAAGAAGAAGUUACAUUUUUGGGCUCACAAAAGGCCAUUGUGUUCACACCAAAAGACGAGCAAGAGGAAUUGGAUGACCUGCCUGAUGAUUUCUAUGAGUUGUCAGUUGAGGAGGUGCGAAGACUGUUCAGGGAUCUACAGCAAAGCCGUUUACAGUUAGAAAACACACCCCUACUCACAUCCACUAAAAAAGAAGAGAUGGCAAAUCAGAGUUCAGAACAGAGGUUAGCUCAGUAUAAAAGUGCAGUGGUCCGGAUACAGUUCCCAGACCAUGUUAUACUUCAAGGCAUUUUCUCACCUGACAACACCAUAGGCGAUGUCUAUAACUUCAUCAAGGACUACCUGGAAACUCCGGAUAAACUCUUUACCACAUUUGUCACACCACUGAAAGAAACCUUAGAUCCGAACAUGACAUUACUUGAAGCGAAAUUCGUCCCGUGCGUCCACAUGCAUUUUAAAUGGCUGGAGGAAGAGGCGAAUCCGAAGUACCUUAAGAAAGAAGUAUAUUUAAAGAAGACUGCCAGUGAUGCCGCCAGCAUACUAGCUUCCAAGUACCGAGCUCCUAAUAGAAGGGAACAGUCUUCAUCCAACCCUAGGAUAUCUAAUGCUGGGGCAUCAUCGUCGAAAAAUAGCAAAGUCCCGAAAUGGUUCAAACAAUAACCAAAUUAAGCCACUAGUUUACCUGGGUUCCGUACUUU